GGCUGCCCACGCUGCUGCUCCUGAGGGGCCCCGGCCAAGAGGCAGCACCCCCAGCUUGCCCUGCUGCAGGUUCUGCUGAGACCCUGCCCUGCCAUUCCUGCCACAGUGAUGGAGCUGCAUGAAGGCAGCAGCAGCUUUCCUCCUGUUGUUUCUGUGAUGGGACAGCUCCCUUCUCCCUGGUGGCCCCCAGGCUGCUGCCCCCCCAGGGCAUCCCUGGCACAGUGCGGCUCCUGGCCUCCUGCAUGCCUGGCAGCAGAGUGUGUGGGGCUGCAGGGAAACCUCUCUGCUCCUCCCAUCAGCAAAGAGAGAUGGUCAGCGAUGCCCAGGCCAUGGGGUGAGCUGCGGGUGUGCUGGUGCAGCUGAAGGAAAUGGCUUGAGGUGAAGGUGGGUGGCUCUCAGCCCUCCCUGAAGGCCAGCUGCAGCAGAGCGAGCAGCCCGGGGAGCAGAGUCCCUGAGCCCCCCGUGUCAUUUACAUACACCCCACCAGUGGCCACGGCACAGCACCCGCGCUCGUGCAGCGCCCAGAGCUGCUCUGAAACAGCCUCCCUGCCUCUGCCUCCUGCCAUGGCCCUGCGAGUCACAGCCCUGCUCCUGCUGUGGACGCUGGGCACAGCUGCCAGGGCUCAGCCCGUGCUGAGCCAGCCCCACUCGGUGUUCGUGCAGCCCGGGCAGAGCGCUCGGCUCUCGUGCACGCUGAGCCCGCAGUACAACAUCAGCCACUUCGGCAUCUCCUGGUACCAGCAGCGCCCGGGGCACUCCCUCACGUACCUGCUCUACUACAACUCCGAGAGAGACAAGCACAAGCCUGCCAGGACUCCCGAGCGCUUCUCGGCCACCAAGGACCUGGCCAGCAAUGCCUGCAUCCUCACCAUCGCUGCUGCCUGCCAGGAUGACAGUGGCACCUACUACUGUGCCCUGUCACCCGCCCUCAGGUGGCUCUAGAGAGCGGCAGCCCUGGCAGGGAUGGUUAAAAUCCACCUCUGCAUUGAGACAUAAACUUGAAAGAAUUUCGGGUUUUUAGAGGUUUUAGUUAAAGUUAAGCCUUUAAUAUUAGAGUUUAUCAAAGUAAAUAGGUAGGCCUUGAUGAAGUUGAGUUAGUAGUUUAAUAAUUGAUUGCUUGUCAAUAUAAUGUUUGGUUAGCUGGGUUUAUAAUGAAGAAUAUAGAAAUUGAUAAAUAGCUUUUAAGAAUAUAAGACAAUUGUGGCCUCCUCUGUUCUGAAACCAAUUGAAGACUGGAAUGGGAGUUUUACCAAUGGGUUCAUUUGUCAUAUUUGCAUUGAAAAGGUAGAAAGGUCAGAACGAGGAAGACUUCAUUUACUUCCUCAUUUUGGGACCUCUCCCCAUGAAAGGGACCACUGACCCAUUUCAAGGAACAAACUGUGCAUGGCUUAAAAGCUUUUUAACUAAUUACCUUACGAAGCGGGGACUGGGAUGUAACAAAGUUAUGAAUAUGCCAUUUGUAUUUUGGGUAUUCAAUACUUGUACAGAUAAAAGCACUCUGUAAUCACCUGUAAAUUGUGAUGUGUAUUUGGGAACCAUCCCACAAUAAACAUGUACUUUCUAACUUUAAA